UGUCCAUGGCCUGACAGACCGGUAUUUGUUUACUUUACUGAGUACAGAGAAGGACGAGAUUUCAAGGGGUUGUCGUGGUAUAGGUAAAACCCGAAAGCAUAAUUUAUGCACCCUUAGUGACCCAGGACAUCGAGCUUGGAAUAAAUAAACGACUUCAUUAACGUUUUUAUAAUAUAGGCUAAACGCAGCUUUUUUGGUUGCGUCUAGGCCUACUUGGAUAAGUGAACUGCUUCAAAUAGCCAAUCCGAAGUGGACGAAGAUCAGUGUUUUCAGCAGUAACCUACAGAUCCAGUGAUCCGUUGUUCUACUUGAGGUUGUGAUAAAAGAACCCACAUAAAAUAUAAUGGCAGCCUCAGCAACUGCCCGGCGAAUGCCGAUGGGUGUGCGGACAUUCAGUGAAUUUCUGGAGAUGGCUGUAGGCUCAAGUCGCUCACCUUGUCACACGGCGGGGUCAAGAGAACAUAUGAGACAAACCAUCAGGUGAGAUGAAUAAAUGUAUAACUUUGAGUGACAGCGUGAACCAAUCAGUGCAGUGCAUGCGCAUUUUGCAUCUCUUUGAAUCCCCUAUGUGGCAGGUUUUUGUUCCAGCCAAGCACUGGUUGAAAUAAUGAAGGUCCACACUGAAGAACAAUACGUGUUGUGCUUCCUGUUAAUCAUCUAAUUUGCAUUUAGGACUAAAACAUUCCCUUUUAUUUUAUUUUACCUUUAUUUAACUAGGCAAGUCAGUUAAGAACAAAUUCUUAUUUACAAUGACAGCCUACACCGGCCAAACCCGGACGAAGCUGGGCCAAUUGUGCGCCGCCCUACAGGACUCCCAAUCAUGGCCGGUUGUGAUACAGCCUGGAAUCGAACCAGGGGGUCUGUAGUGACGCUUCAAGCACAAAGAUGCAGUGCCAAUCACGUCAUAGGCUAUGCAUAUUGUGUUAUCCUUCAUUUUGGUUUCACUUUGUAAGUAGUUGCCUUGCUCUUUGUAAUUCUAUUUCUGACAAAUUCUAUUUAUGAGUGUCACAGUUAUUUGUAGUGAGCACCUGGGGUGUAUUCAUUACGCCGAUUCUGUUGCAAAACGUUUGUCUGUUGCAAAACGUUUUGAAACAGAAACUGUUUACUCCAAACGGAAGACGUUUUGCAACGAAUAUUAGAGUUGCUAUUGGACAAAUUUGGGUAAGUCUCUCCCCGUUUAGUUCCGUUUGCUCGGUUUGCUUCCAUUUGGUUCUUAAACGGUAAACAGUUUCCUUUGCAAGACUUAAUGAACCGAGCACCCCUGGGGUGUAUUCAUUAGCCGAGUUCCGUUGCAAAACGUUUGGUCAGUUGCAAAACGUUUUGCAAUGGAAACCGUUUACUGUUUACUCGUGGUCCUCUGUAGCUCAGCUGGUAGAGCACGGCGCUUGUAACGCCAAGGUAGUGGGUUCGAUCCCCGGGACCACCCAUACACAAAAAAUGUAUGCACGCAUGACUGUAAGUCGCUUUGGAUAAAAGCGUCUGCUAAAUGGCAUAUUAUUAUUAUUAUUAUUACUCUAGGAACCAAACGGGAGCAAACGGGGAGGGACCUACCUUAAUUUGUCCAAUAGAAACUCAAAUUUUCCUUGCAAAACCUUUUCAGUUUGGAGUAAACAGUUUCAGUUGCAAAACGUUUUGCAACAGACAAAGUUUUGCAACGGAAUCCAACUAAUAAAUACACCCCUGACUGAGUGAAGCAGCAAGGCUGUGGGAUUGCAUUACAUAUAGUUUAAUUCACGUGUUUACUCAGAAUAUAGCCUAUUAGUUUGUCCUGAACAUUGCCGGAUAGGAUACUACUGACAACCUUUACCCCUUCUGGCAAUAUGUUAUUUCUUCCCUGACUUUAAUGGCAGGAAGCCUGCCUGGAAAAGGGUGUUUGUUAGAGAUGUGCUAUUUUUAACAUUUCCACUCUUUCUCGCCCUUCCCUAUCAGACACUUGUCAUCAUGCGGUAUUGUAAUGACCAGGACUCCCAGAGUGCUUUGCCACCAGCAGGAUUGGGACAUGAUGACAUCAGUUCCCCACAGCAGAACUUUCAUGGGGUUCACCAAUAAGAGAAAGGAGUACUCAGAGCGGAGGAUACUGGGGUAAGAUGGUACCACACCAUGAAAUAAAAUAUAUUGUAGGACUAUAUUUCCGUAUGUACAGGGUAAACGAGAGCUUGAAUGCAUACAUUUUACAUUUUAGUCAUUUAGCAGACGCUCUUAUCCAGAGCGACUUACAGUUAGUGAGUGCAUACAUAUAUAUAUAUUUUUUUCAUACUGGCCCCCGUGGGAAUCGAACCCACAACCCUGGCGUUGCAAGCGCCAUGCUCUACCAACUGAGCUACACGGGGAUAGAAAGAAGUCAUGGAAAGGUUUCAUAUUAAAGUAAAAAAAAUAGGGCUUUUUCUGUUUUGAAACACAACAUGGAAGUGGAAGGGGUUAUUAAGUUAUUUAAUGUUGUUUUCAAACUCCUCCUACGAUGCUGCUUCAGGUACUCUAUGCUGGAGAUGUAUGAUGUGGUAGCCAACGUGGAUGACUACAAACUCUUUGUCCCCUGGUGUAAGAAGUCCCAGACCAUCAUGAAGAGGGCAGGCCACUCCAAAGCUCAGCUGGAGGUGGGGUUCCCACCCAUCGUAGAGCGAUACACAUCCAUGAUCAGCGUGGUGCGACCACACAUGGUCAAAGUAAGUUCCUCCUGCUUAAUUAAGGAUUGAAAAUUCUGGUAACUUUCCCUAAAUUCCCAGGUUUUCCAGAGAUCUUGGUUGGAGUAUUCCAGAUUUCUUGCUUAUUCCCUCCUGAUUCCAGGAAUCUUCCAACCAGGAUUUCUGGAAAACCUGGGAUUCUUUGGAAAGUUCCCGGAUUUUUGCAACCCUACUUAGUCCCGCUUAAUUGUGGUUUCAUGAAUUAUGAUGAUCAUUGUUUGUUUGGUGAUAGGCAGUGUGCACAGAUGGAACACUUUUCAACCACCUGGAGACAAUAUGGCGCUUCAGUCCUGGCAUCCCUGGUUAUCCCCGCACCUGCACUGUGGACGUUUCGGUGAAUAUGACAGCCCUUGUCUUUAUCUUAUGCUGCCCACCUCUCGUGUAAUCUUGCUCUCUGUUUGUGCGUACACCCUUUGCAUGUGAAUAGACUGACUAAGUUACACUAUAUAUACAAAAGUAUGUGUACACCCCUUCAAAUUAGUGGAUUUGGCUAUUUCAGCCACACCCGUUGCUGACAGGUGUAUAAAAUCGAGCACACAGCCAUGCAAUCUCCAUAGACAAACAUUGGCAGUAGAAUGGCCUUACUGAAGAGCUCAGUGACUUUGAACGUGGCACCGUCAUAGGAUGUCACCUUUCCAACAAGUCAGUUCGUGAAAUUUCUGCCCUGCUAGAGCUGUCCCGGUCAACUGUAAGUGCUGUUAUUAUGAAUUGGAAACAUCUAGGAGUAACAACCUCUCAGCACGAAGUGGUAGGUCACACAAGCUCACAGAACGGGACCAUCGAGUGCUGAAACAUGCAGCGCGUAAAAACGUCUGUCCUCGGUUGCAACACUCACUACCGAGUUCCAAACUGCCUCUGGAAGCAACGUCAGCACAAUAACUGUUCGUCGGGAGCUUCAUGAAAUGGGUUUCCGUCGCCGAGCAGCCGCACAUAAGCCUAAAAUCACCAUGCGCAAUGCCAAGCGUCGGCUGGAGUGGUGUAAAGCUCACCGCCGUUGGACUCUGGAGCAGUGGAAACACGUUCUCUGGAGUGAUUAAUCAUGCUUCACCAUCUGGCAGUCCAAUGGAUGAAUCUGGGUUUGGCGGAUGCCAGGAGAACGCUACCUGCCCGAAUGCAUAUUGCCAACUGUAAAGUUUGGUGGAGGAGGAAUAAUGGUCUGGGGCUGUUCUUUAUGGUUCGGGCUAGGCCCCUUAGUUCCAGGGAAACCUUAACGCUACAGCAUACAAUUACAUUCUAGACGAUUGUGGCAACAGGGGGGAAGGCCCUUUCCUGUUUCAGCAUGACAAUGCCCCUGUGAACAAAGCGAGGUCCAUACAGAAAUGGUUUGUCAAGAUCGGUGUGGAAGAACUUGACUGGCCUGCACAGAGCCCUGACCUCAACCCCAUCGAACACCUUUGGGAUGAAUUGGAAUGCCGACUGCGAGCCAUUCCUAAUCGCCCAACAUCAGUGCCCGACCUCACUGAUGCUCUUGUGGCUGAAUGGAAGCAAGUCCCCACAGCAAUGUUCCAACAUCUAGUGGAAAGCUUGUUAUGGCAGCAAAGGGGGGACCUACUCCAUAUAUGAUUUUGAAAUGAGAAUUUUACUAGCAGGUGUCCACAUACUUUUGGUCAUGUAGUGUAUUUCCUCUUACUUCUCCUUUUUUUCCUUUCUCUGUUUUGUAUGUCUUCUCUGACUGAUAUUCUACCCUCUCCUUCCUUUCUGCCAUACAGAUCUCGUUUGAGUUCCGCUCCUUGCUCCACUCCCAGUUAGCAAGUGUGUUUUUUGACGAGGUGGUAAAGAAGAAUGUGUCUGCCUUUGAGCUUCGGGCCGGCACGCUCUACGGCCCACAGACUUGCGUCCCACGGGAGUUAAUGUUCCAUGAGGUACACCAAACGUGAGGUCCAUCUGCCAUUGUGUGUCCUUGCCCCAAACCAGCCUGCACCUUAACCCUGGCAGUCCCCUGUAUCUCCUAGCUGGAGCAGCAUGACACUACACCAACCAGCCCCCAUCAACCGCCUCCAGUCUCCGUUACCACGAGGCCCAGAUGCCAUUGGCUUGGUCCCA